AUGGACUUGGGCCUGAGUGGAUUUCCUCAGAAAUCCGUCGAUCUACAGACUUCUCCAUUGCAUUUCGGAAUUUUUCGAGAAGACAGUGAGAUUCCAGAGAAGAAAUUGAUAAGAUCAUGGAUGGCUGUGGGGUUCCUGAAGUUGGAAAAUGAUUUACAAGGAGAGGCUGAGAAGUAUCUGCAAGAGCUUGUCGAUAGAUGUCUAGUUCUCAUCUUCCAGAAAAGUUUAGAUGGAACAAAAGUUAGAUCAUGUAAGCUGUUUAAACACGUGACUGGUGAUGAAAUUGAUUAUUGUCGCUAUGGUCUUUAUAGGGCUCUUCUUACCCCUAGCUUAUUCAUUUCAAAUUACUCAAAAGUCUUGGACUUGAGUCACGUGAGGAUUGAUAGUUUCCCUGUACAGAUACUAAACCUCAUCUGGUUGAGGUUAUGGAAUCUGCGGACAUUCAUUGUUAAAGGAAUUCGUCUAUCAGUUAUAACUUUUCCUGAGGAAAUUUGGGGACUAAUGCAAUUAAGGCAUUUUAAACUGUCCAGAUUUUAUUUGCCAGAUUGCCCAAGUGGAUCUGUUGACAAAGGAAGGCACUUGGAUUUUUCAAACAUACAAACUAUUUCUUACUUGUCUCAACGUUGUUGCACGAAGGAGGUUAUUAUGGGGAUUCAGAAUGUCAAAGAAUUAGGAAUCAGUGGUGGAGAUGAGAUUGACUCUAAUGGGCCUCUCAACAAUCUUGUCCAUCUGCAGCAACUUGAAACAUUGAGUUUUAUAUUUUGCUUGAAGAUUUUGUCAGCAAGUGCAAAAGCUUUUCCAGCAACGCUCAAGAAGCUGAAGUUGGAAAGAACUUUGAUAAGUUGGUCGUACUUGGACAUCAUAGCUGAAUUGCCUAACCUUAAGGUGCUGAAGCUGAUGGCUCACGCUUGUCUUGGCGAUGAAUGGCAUCCAAAUGUUCAGGGAUUUACUCGAUUGAAGAUUUUGCUAAUUGAAGAUAAUUUUCUCAAGCACUGGAAAGCCACAGAUGAAAAUUUUCUUGUCCUUGAGCACCUUGUUCUUAAAAAAUGCCAUAAUUUGAAAGAGAUACCCAUUGAGUUUGCAUAA